AUGGCUGCGGCCACGGCGUGCGGCUCCCCGCCUCCCCGCGACCCGCAGCAGCCGCGCAAGCGGGGCGACUCCCGGCGGCGGCAGGCCGCCCUUUUCUUCCUUAAUAACAUCUCCCUGGACGGACGGCCGCCGUGCCCGCCCGCUGAGAAGCCGCUCCCCGGCGAAGAGGAGGCGGCGGAUCCGCCCGGAGCGCCCCCCCGGUUGGUGCUGCCCGGCGCCGCCGCCGCCGCCAAAGGGGACGCGGAGCCGUCCCGCGGGGGCAUCUUCUUGCCGCAGGUGCUGCUGGGCGGCCCGCUGUGCCCGCCGGCGCCGCCCGCCCUGCCGGGGAUGCUGGCGGCGGCCAGAGCGGCGGUGCCGGGGCUGCUGAGCCCCACGCAGAGCGCGGCGGGCGGCGGCGGCUUCGCGCCGGAGGCGCAGCGGCAGAGAAGGCGUUUUAUCUCCCAGCGCUGCUCUCUAGACUUUUUAGAAGACAUAGUGGAAUAUGCCAGUGUACGAAGAACCAAGCAUAUAUCUGGGUCUCCAAGGCACAAAAGUUUGAAGAAGAUGCACUUCAUCAAGAACAUGAGGCAGUAUGACACCAAGAACAGCAGGAUAGUUUUAAUCUGUGCUAAACGAACGCUGUGUGUGGCUUUUUCUAUCCUGCCUUACGGGGAGAGUUUACGGAUCAGUGAUCUAAAAAUGGAAGGACAGAAGCAGCGACAUCCUUCUGGAGGAGUUUCAGUCUCCACUGAGAUGGUGCUUGGACUGGAAGGAGUAGAGCUGGGUGCUGAUGGCAAGGUUGUGUCCUAUGCAAAAUUCUUGUAUCCGACCAAUGCCCUGGUUGUUCGCAAAGCCGACAGCCAUAGUGUUGUUCCCUCGUGUCGAGCUAAUACUUCACGAAGUCUUCCUGGAUCAAGAUAUAAACCUAUCACAGCAAAAACGAUACCAGCAGGAACAGACAUCGGAAGUGAAGCUGCGGAAGCCACAGAGUAUGAUCCAAAUCUUCUGGAUGAUCCUCAGUGGCCCUGUGGAAAACAUAAACGUGUUCUCAUCUUUGCCUCUUACAUGACUACAGUUAUAGAAUAUGUGAAACCUUCGGACCUUAAAAAAGAUAUGAAUGAAACCUUUAGAGAGAAGUUUCCUCAUAUCAAGUUGACGCUGAGCAAAAUCAGGAGUUUAAAGAGGGAGAUGCGGAACCUGAGUGAAGAGUGCAAUCUGGAGCCAGUUACUGUCUCCAUGGCGUAUGUUUACUUUGAGAAGCUCGUUCUCCAAGGCAAACUCAACAAACAGAACCGCAAACUGUGUGCUGGUGCUUGCGUUCUGCUUGCAGCCAAGAUCAGCAGUGACCUCAGGAAACACGAAGUUAAACACCUAAUAGAUAAACUAGAAGAAAGAUUCAGAUUCAACAGAAGAGAUCUCAUCGGGUUUGAAUUCACCGUCCUUGUAGCUUUGGAACUGGCUCUCUAUCUUCCUGAAAACCAAGUUUUACCUCAUUACAGACGGCUCACACAACAGUCUUAACCAAAGCUCCGUUCUGGCUGACAGCCUGUGGCACUGGGAUCGCAUCACCGAUCGCUGCUGGUGGAGUUGCCACUGGCCCUUCGGUGCCGCUGUGGGCAUCCUGCCAUGGCUACAGCUAGUUUUGGAGCCUGCAGCGCAUUACUGAACUAUCGAGGUGUGCAUUACGGACACGUGUGCCGAGUCUGGGGGAUGGUACGAGAAGAGUUAUUGAACUUUAUUUUCUUUUGGAUAUUUAAAGCACAAAUAUACACCAGUCAGCUGUCAUGGCUGCUUAUUAUUCCUUAUUUAUCUUUUUGGUUUUACUGAAACUGUUCUUCCCUAUGAAGAAUACUAUGGUAUUGUUUCUUUUUUUUAUUUUAAGCCUUUAUUGUAUUCUAUGAAACUAAAGGAAGCAUCACUUCCAUUCCAGUGCAUCACAAAGUUCCAAUGUUUCUAAGAAUCUUCUCACAUUUUUACAUUAAUGAAAUGCAUACUUUAUUUUUUUAAAGAUGUGCCUAAAACUGGCUGGUCUGGUACCAGUGCUUUUUUAAGUUAGUUAUGUUAUUUAGUGGGAAAUCCUGAAUUUGUAUAGCCAUUUAUUCUUUACCUGCAUUGGCCUUGCAUAGAAGGAAAACAAUUCCAGUAUAUCUGCACUAACGAUACACAGGGCAUCUAUUCUCUACUUUACUACAGGUCUGUAAGUAGCAAGACUGAAUUUACUCCGUUCAAUUUAGUUGAUUAUUAAUAUUGUAAGGAUAUGAAUUUAUUUAAAAAGGAAAGAUUGUUUGAAAAUCUGUCAUGAAAUACCACAUGUUGGACAAGGUAUUGUCAGCAAAGCGACUGCCAUCCUUAUUCUCUCUCUCCAGUGGAAGAUUAGCACUUGACUAAGAGCAGUUUGGCAAAUGUGUCACUUAUGAUUUGUAUUUGUUUCAGUGUUCCGUGGUCUGAAAUAAGCACCUUUUUAGUAUGACUGUAUUAUAUAAUGGUCUUAUGUGCUCUGAGCAAAUACUUAGGUCAGUAGAGCUACCGCUGCCGAGCUAAGCCAGCGCAACGAAGCAUGCUCAAUAUUUAAAAUGCUCUUUUUUUACUCUGUUCUUCCAAGCAUUGCAUCACUGUGAUGGUCCUCAUAAAAUCAGCAUUUGUUGCACAUCUGAACAGCCUCUUAACAGCUGGUGCCCAGCUCUGAUGCUUACGCAGAGGUGAAGUAACUUCUCUGACCAUUACUUAUUCCUUCAUUUAUUUUUAAAAUGUCCAGGUUGAGAAUGAACUCUGAUUAUAUCUGGAACCUUCUGUGACUUCGGCGCUUGGGUUUAUUUUCUGAAGCAAUAUUAUGACACAAGUAACUGUGUCUGUUUGCAAGGAACAAAACUGUUGCUUGGCUAUUAAGACUGAGAAAUUUGUAAUUAGUUUGACUCCUUAAUGAAAUACUAUACCUCGGACUGAGGUAAGGGACCUGCUCUCUAAUAUGUAAAGUAAUGUAAAUUCCAGUUCCUUGUAUUAAAUGUUGGUUGUAGCCAAAACCAAAGCUGAAUCUUUGUGCUUCAGCUGCGUUUUGUCUGAAGCUAAUUUGGCUUCAUUAGAAUUGCAGCAAGUUUUACUGAAGCUCUUUAAGUAGGGCUCAAAAUGUAUUUUUAAUAUAUAAUAAUGACAGUGACUAUCAAAUCUUUUGUAACUGUGUUCAACUGUAUGUAGCUUCAAGUUAUUUGUGUAAAAUUUAAUAUGCUUGUGACUUUUCUCUAACAUCGAAGGACUUUCCAAUCUGUGUAAGGGAGGUGGUAGCUAGUAAGUUAGACAACGAGCUUGUCAGUUAUCUUCCAAAAGGUUUUAAGAAAUUGCCCACUAGUUAAACUUUCUACUGAAUAUAACUGUGCUUGCAUGCAAGAAAUAGUGAUGUACUAAACAUCUAGCCUAUAACAAGCCUUUAAAUUAGCAAACAGUGGUGAAAACAAGUGGUCCACCGCUUCCUUAAAGUCAUUACAGAGGGGACAGAGGUAGAGCUGAGCAAAGGAAUCUCUCACACGCUAUCUCCAGAACUGAUAAAACACUACUGUUAGUAUGAUUAAAAUCAGAAUAUGUUUUUGUCUAGAAAUGUCUUUGUGUAUAUAGUUUUCUGUAACAAAACUAACUUUCCUUUCUCACCAUCUAAGGAAAAAAAGCACUUUGGUUUGCAACGCUUUGCAGUCUCUAUUCAGUGGAAGGUUGUGUAGUUGCAGUGGGCACCUGGGCUGGAGUUAGACACCUAGAAUCUAUGGGUUUGUAUCUUAAACCAGCAAGCUUUUUGUUUUCUUUAUCAGAAGAACAAGUUAGGAUAAGGAGCAUUACAUUACAGAACGCUGAAUGUUGCCUAAACGUUACUCUGAACGUUGGCUUGAGCGUUCUUGAGCUCAGAAGCUGUUCAGAGCCUUGGUGGAGCGAGCGCUGUGCCGCUGCCUCUGCUAGAGUGGUGGGGUUGGGACGAAGCUAUCUGGAGGCGCAGCUUGUGGUCCCUCCGUCCUCUGGGGUGGUGGCUGUGCAGAAGCAGCACUGCUGCAGAGACAGAGCGACACACAGAGCUGGGGACUGGUUUUUUCCAUUUCUAGUGUCUAGCUUGCAGUCCCGUGUGGGAAUAUUUCUCUUUUCACCUAAAAGCUGCCACCGUGUGGCAAAGGAUUAUCACUACAUUACCUAUUAAUUAACCAAAAGUGGGCCCAAAGUAACAAACUGAAGGGUGUGUGGAGAUGCCGCUGGGCUGGCUCUGGGUCACGGCUGUACAUUUUGUGUCAAACCACACAGUUUUGGUUUAAUUUUGCUCCAUUAUUUAAAAGUUUGAUUUGUUGCCAGUUCAGUGGUUGGUUGUUGUUCUUUUUUUUUUCCCAUGAACUUGUGAAGUUGAGAUGCUGUGAAAUAAAA